CAACGCGAUCUCGUUUUAUGUUUUCGAGCUGCGGAGAGCAAUCAACACGCUGCCGCCAACGCACAACUCGAUAUCGCGGCGAACAUGAGCCUCUUCGGCAAUCUGGGCGGCAACCAGCCCGCGUCCAGCGCGCCAAAGUCUUUGUUCGGCAACCUACCCGCUACAUCCACGGCGAGCACGCCCAGCUUGUUUGGAGGCUUAGGUGCCUCCACAAACGCUCCCGCAGGCGCAUCGACUACGACAACUGCCGGUGGAUCGAGCCUAUUCUCGGGACUCGGAGGGGGUACAUCCUCAGCUGCGCCCAGCUCUUCACUGUUUCCCUCGCUCGGAGGCGCAUCAUCUCAACCGCAAUCGACGGCGCAGCAGCCAGCAUCGACAAUUCCGUUUGCUAGCAAUCGAUUUGCUAACACAGGCACCGCAACUAGCACAGCUACCACACAACCGGCAGCUUCGACGGGUGCUUUCGGCAGCACUCCCUUUGGCAGCACAACCAAUGCUCAGCAGACGGGUGGCUUGGGGCAAUCGACCCUAUUCGGUGCCUCGUCUGCGCAGCCGCAAGAACGACAACAACAAGCAGGUGGACCUCUGACACAGUCAAACGCGGGCACCUCGGCACACUUCGACCACCUCCUCGAGAGGAGCCGCAAACGCAACGCUGGCGAAAAUGGCUUUGGCGGCUUUGGCGAGCUGCCAACGCUGCAACUGGGACUGGGGGAUAUUGCACGCAAGGUGCGCAAUCUGGGUCAAGGGAGUCCAUCGGCGGACCAAGCGCAAGAUCGUACAGCACACUAUCUGCUCUCCGCUUCUGGCGUGAAGCUGGGUAGUACUCUCCGCGAUCUCAACCAGUUCUCAACGCAAGCAGGUAUCAGUUCCACAGCGCCUACAUCCAACUUGAUGGACACGGAUGUCGAUAGCUACAUCGCAAACCUGCACCAGCAAUCAACCUUGGCACUGAUCCAAGAAGGUUUGGAACAGUCCAAGCGGGACUUUGAUACGUUUUUGGAAGACAAUGUUCAGAUUGAGUGGGACAAGCAACGCCAGCGAAUAUACGAGCACUUUGGUUUGGGUAGGCAAAGCGAGGAAUUGGCGGCCUCUCAGGCUACGUUUGCCGGCGGGGCCACCCGAGGCGCUUUUGGACGGUCUGCACGCAAGGGCCGUUCCAUGGGUGCUAGAUCGGUGAACGGCGCGUCGUUUGCUGCGUCCACCGGUCCGCCUGUCAUCGGAUCUGUUAUGUCGCCAUACCAGAAGAGCACGAUCAAUGGUGAUGCUCCAGACAAGUCUAUACUGACUGGGCAGACUGGUCUGGGUGAUCGUUACACCCGGGAGAAACAAGAAAAGUUCAUGGGGGCGGUCAAGAGGCUCAACGUCAGCAGACAAACAGAGCAGUCCUUCCCUAUCUUGGAGGAAUUCGCGAAAAUUGAACAAGAUGCAGAGGGCGAGAACUCCGACCAUUUCGUCCAGGCUUAUCGUGCACUGUCAAUCAUUGUCACUACGAAUCCGUCCGACCAGGGUACGCCGUUUGUGCCCAAAGAGCGCUGCUUCGCCGCAGAGUACCUGAACGAACAACCAAACGCAUUGCUCAGUGUCCAAAGUCGCAAGCGAAUUCUCAAUGGGUCUCGCGCGUAUCUGGAACAGAAAUUCCUAGAGCACGUGCAAGAUGUCCUCAAGCGGAAUGCGGCGGACGCGCGACCCGGUGGUGAACCUACCAUGGUCAGCAAGAUUCGUGGCUAUGUCAGGGCCAAGAUAGCCCAGAAAGAGCUGGGUGCGGAAAUUGAACACCUGCAAAAGAUCGGCGGCGAAAGCGACGACUAUCCCUGGGUCAUCCUAUUCUAUCUUCUUCGUGGUGGCCUCAUUACAGACGCUGCUGCCUACGUUCGUGAGAGGCGAAACUUCUUUCACAAUACCGACAGGAACUUUCAAAUUGCAGUGGAUCAAUAUGCGCAGAGUCCAGACCGCCGUUUAGAGCCUGACAUGCAGCAGAAAAUCACCCACGUUCACUCUCAGCGACAACGAAUUGCCCCAACCAACGACCCAUAUCGCAUGGCUUGUUACAAAAUCAUCGGUCGUUGUGAGUUAACUCGAAAGAGUUUGGAUUCGAUCAACCAAGGCAUGGAAGACUGGGUCUGGUUGCAAUUCAACCUUGCACGAGAGGGCAAUCGUGCUGAAGAAUCCGCCAUGGAGGCUUAUGGACUUGACGAAAUUCGGGAGACGGUGACCGCCAUUGGCAAACGACACUUCUUGAAUGAUGAUGCUGAAGCUGCUGGUGGACACGGAGUAUACUUCUGGCUCGCAAUUCUGGCCGGAAUGUAUGAAUCGGCGGUCAGCUUCCUCUACCAGCACAACUACAUCACUGCCGUGCAUUUCGCAAUCGCUCUUGACUACUACGGUCUCUUGCGAGUGUCGAAUUUCAACGAAGCAGGCAUGGAAAUUUUGACCUACACCCCACAACAGCGAGCCCAAUUCAACUUUGCCUGGGUGGUCGGUCGGUACACUGCCGACUUUAGAGCCGCCAGGGCCGAUGCUGCUGCUGAGUAUCUGAUUUUGAUCUGUUUGAACGCAGAUCUUUCUGGCGAAGCGGGCAAACAGCAAGCCGACAUCUGUCACGAGGCUUUGCGUGAGCUAGUCCUUGAAACACGGGAGUUUGCGACACUCCUCGGGGACGUUAGAUCUAACGGACACGCCACUGAUGGGCUCAUCAAGGAUCGCAUUAAGCUCAUCAAACUUACAGAUGACGAUGCUCUGAUCAACUCGAUCACCAGCCUGGCAGCCAGGAAAGCUGACGAAGCUGGUCGCACCAACGAUGCUGUGUUGCUCAAUCAUCUCGCCGAACAGUAUGAGAAUGUCGUCUCCAUCUUGUGCCGUGCCCUUUCGGAGGCUCUCUCUGUCGAGAUUGGCCAAACGCCGUUGCGUCUUGAGCCGCUGAAGCCACGACUUCCUGCUGUGGAGCAACAGCAGGUCCAGGACACAGGUUCAAGUCUGAGCCUUCUCGGCACUGACGAUCCUGUCGAGCUCACACGCAGAGUAUCGGAGAUGUACGACCACAACCAGCUAUGGCAUCGGAACAUUUCUCAAGCUAGUCGCCAGACCCUGGAGAUCUUGUUCAUGCUUAACCGCGCCAAGUCUGUAAUCGAAGCUCAGCAGUACACACAAGCUUUGGACAUCAUACAAAGCCUGCGCAUCCUUCCCCUCGACUCCAAGGGCAACCUCUCUGAUAUCCGUACAUUUGCGAACAAUUUCUCGGCUUUCGCACCGGAAAUUGCCCGUAACAUUGGCAAUGUGUUGCUCUGGUCUAUCGGUUGCUGCUCGAAGUAUCGGGAGGUGCUGAUGAAGGGCACUUACGAAGAUCCUACACGGCAAGCUCUAGCAGCUGAUUUGGCGCAAAAGGCAAAGGAUCUUAUGGUCUUUGCCGGUCUCAUCAGGUACAAGUUGCCACCGAGGGUGUUUGAGAGGCUGGCACGGGAAGGGGGAGAGGGGUAUUAGGUGGACCCGUCGAACGAAGUGUAACAUGAUCUUCACGUACUUGAAAGCGGCGUGUCACUGCAGAACAGUCGAACGCACUACUUGGCAUCAUUGGUAAUAGAUCAUCGUUAGGAUUGAUCAUUGAAUGAAUGGUAUGAGGGGAAGAUUGUAUUCGGCGUCGAUAAAAGCUUCCUCGCUUCAGAAGCUGUGAGCUGUGUAAUGCAUGUAUUUCAGCGUUUCG